AUGACAUUCUUUCUGUGGAAGAGAUUUCGCCUUGCGCGGUGUCCGUUGGAUAAAGUGCCGGGUCCCCUGCGAGGGUCCUUCCUACUUGGAAACGCCCUCCAGAUGUCUGGUCGGCAUGCUUGGGAUUUUCACGCACAAAUCGCGCAGAGAUAUGGACCUGUGGUCAAAGUGCAUUGGCUGUUCGGUACCUCAGGGCUCUAUGUCUUCGAUCCGCUAGCAUUGAAUCAGAUCGUCAAGGAUGAGGGAAAAUACGACGAGCCGGAAUGGUAUACUCAGACGAUUCACAUGAUGUUGGGCCCGGGGCUCCUCUCAGUCACCGGAGACACGCACAAGAAGCAGAGGAAGAUGAUCAACCCGGUGUUCUCGGCCAAGCAUCUCCGUACCGUCGUACCCAUCUUCUACCGUGUUACCGAUAAGCUCAUGCAAGCUAUCUCCUCUCGCGUACCGACACACGCUGAGGGAACGGACGUCGAGAUUCUAGGCUGGAUGAGCCGUGCUGCUUUGGAGCUGAUCGGUUUAGCGGGGAUUGGAUAUUCGUUCGACCCGCUGACUGAAGAUGUUCAAGAUGCGUACGCAGAAGCGGUGAAGUACUUUGUACUGUACUCGACGUUACCGGACGUGUUACUGCUGAGGCAGGUCUCGCCGUAUCUCGGACAUCUUGGACCUGCCUGGAUGCGCCGUUGGAUUAUGGAAAAUCUGCCCGUACCCAAUAUUCGGCGCCUUGUCCAGAUUACGGACACGCUGUACGAACGCUCCCUCGAGAUAUUUCGAGCGAAGAGGGCCGCGAUCGAAGCCGGAGAUGAUACCGAUGCUAAUGACAUCAUGAGCAUCUUGCUGCGAGAGAACAUGAAGGCGUCCGAUGAAAACCGUCUACCGGAAGAUCAACUCCUCGGCCAAAUGUCGACCAUCAUAUUCGCGGCAAUGGACACCACAUCGGGCGCCUUGACGCGCACACUGCAGCUCCUUGCGGAGCACCCGGAAGUGCAAACGAAGCUCCGGUGCGAGAUUCUCGAGGCUAAAGCCGCCGGCAACGACCUGGAUUACGAUCAGCUGCACGCUCUACCCUACUUGGACGCCGUGUGCCGUGAGACCCUGCGACUUCACCCUCCAGUCCCGCAAGCUUUCCGGAAGACAGUAGAAGACGCCGUCCUGCCGCUCUCUCAUCCGAUUCGCGCGACGGACGGGACGCUACUCCACGAGCUCACUGUACCGCGUGGAACGGACAUCUUCAUUAGUAUCCUGGCAUGCAACCGUAGCAACGCGCUAUGGGGAACCGACGCAGAGGAGUGGAAGCCCGAGCGCUGGCUUGCACCUCUCCCUGAAGCGCUAGAGAGUGCGGGAAUUCCUGGGGUCUACUCGAACAUGAUGACGUUCAUGGGCGGUCCACGGGCAUGCAUCGGCUUCACGUUCUCGCAGCUGGAGAUGAAAGUUGUCCUUUCCGAGAUGAUCGCCAACUUCACGUUCGCGCCUUCGGAGAAACCCAUCAUCUGGAACUUCUCAGGGGUGUCUUAUCCCAGUGUCAGCGUAGAAAGCGCGAAGCAAGAGCUCUGGCUCACGGUGAGGACACUCCACGAGGGGUAA